GACGCUUCGGCAAUGUCCGUGGAACGGGCUGUCAAAAUGGCCGAAGAGAAAAAGAAAAUGUUAUCAUCGUUAAAUAAUCACAAUCAUUCACUUAAAAGACCAAAUGUCUGUAUAAUUUUUAUGUUGAUAAUACUGAUAUGUGCAAUAUCAAAUGUUUCGUGCCAAAAGAAAUGUAAAGACUUGCCGUGUGAAAAUGGAGAAUGUAAACAAAACAAUACAGUAUGCGAGUGUUUUCCUGGUUGGGCAGGCAGCUCAUGCACACACUGUUCAGGAAGAGUCAGACUCACAAACCAAAGUGGGAUUAUAACGGAUGGGUCUGGUAACUACACGACAGAUAACAAGUGCAUGUGGCUGGUGGUACCCAACCCCCCUGGAGGUCCCAUACGCCUGGCCACUCACCAGUUUGCCACUGAAUGUGGUUGGGACCACCUCUAUAUCUUUGAUGGGGACUCGGUGUUUGCCCCACUCAUAGCCUCUUACAGUGGGCUGGUACAGCAGGAGUUGAACACCAGCACGGCAGUGGGAGAGAUAGUUGCCAAGUCAGGCAAGGCCUAUAUCUACUUCUACAGUGAUGCUGCAUACAACAUGACAGGUUUCCAUCUCAAAUACAGGCUAGCGGUAUGCCCCAGGAAUUGUUCAGGUAAUGGCCAGUGCAAUACGACCUCCAUGAGCUGUGAGUGUGAUGCUGGCUUCACAGGAGAGGCCUGCGACAUGCCGAAAUGUCCAAACAAUUGCUCACUGAAUGGACUGUGUACAUCAGAAGGAUAUUGCAACUGUUAUGAUGGUUUUAAAGGUUCAGACUGCAGUAUAGCUGCCAGUUCGGAGUACUGGAUCCGUCAUGUUACGCGCACGCCGCCCCAGGGUCGUGCCUCAGCCGCCAGCGUGGUGGUAGGAGACGAGCUUGUGAUCAGCGGCGGAUACGCUUUCGGAGAGGCUGUCCACUUCUUAGUGGCAUAUAACAUUACCUCUCAUGAAUGGAGAACAUUAUCAUUAUCACUGCUCCAAGACAUCCCCAAGUACCUGUAUGGCCAUUGCAUGGUUCACUAUGAGAAAAAGAUCUAUAUAUUUGGUGGUGUAUCCCAAAGGCAAAUUGAGAGUUUACUGUGGACAUAUGAUGUCACUCUUAAUACCUGGUCUCCGUCCGACUACAAUGUUAGCAGGGCAGUAGCGGGUCACUCCUGCGUACUGGUGGGCUCCAAAAUGUACAUCAUUUUUGGUCAUAGUCCUGUCUAUGGCUACAUGAACAGGGUUCACGUCAUGGAUUUAGCCUCCUCAGAUCGUAGUCUGGUUACCGUAGCCACGACUGGUGCCCAGGUCAAGGGUGGGUAUGGAGCCAGCAGCGUGUACAAUGCCCACCUGGGCCAGAUAUUUGUGUACGGCGGCUACAUCUCGGGCGACUCGACCACUCAGUACUCUCUGACAGACAAAUUGCUCUCUUUCAACCCUUCGACAAGCGUUUGGAGGAUCCAUGCUGGCAGUGGUUCACCCCGCUAUCUCCACUCAGCCGUGUUUCUAGGGGAGAUAAUGCUUGUGUUUGGCGGGAACACUCACAAUGAUACCUCCAUCAGCUAUGGAGCCAAGUGUUACUCACCAGACUUUCUGGCAUAUGACCCCAAAUGCAAUUCAUGGAAGUACCUGACAACAGUGGAUUUGUUACCAAAUGCUGUGAGAUAUGGCCAUGUUGCACAGGCUUAUACUGAUUCUACAGGAGAGAACAAAAUGUUGGUGUUUGGAGGCUUUGAUGGGGUCAUGCGGAACGAUGUAAUGGAGUACCACCCAGCGGACUGUACUCCAACCAAUAGUACCCAGUGUGUUCCUGACAUGCCUGGCCGUGUCUGUGUGUGCGCGUGGAACGGAACUGAAUUUGCAGAUAAGAAGGACCGAGAGACCAUAUUGAGGGGAACUAAUUAUCGUGAGGGACUGUGCGUACCAAACAAAGGCGCUGAAGAGUUUUGCUUUCACAAUCGUGGUUCCUGUGGGUCGUGCCUAUCAUCUGAGUACGGAUGCAAGUGGUGCUCCAAUAACUGUACUACAAUAUGUUCCGCUGAUUCUCAGUAUGAAGUCACCAAUUCCAGCAUGUGUCUUGGCAAGUACAAUAACAUGUGUGGGUUGUUACAAAACUGCUUGGCCUGCCAGGAGGCUGAGGGCUGCUCAUGGAAUAAGCAGGAGAAGAAAUGCACCUUCAGGGAAUUAAGUGAUGGGGUUCAUGAACUAACCAAUUUCUUUAAAAAAGUUUCAAGCAGUGCAGAGUUGGAAAAGGAGCCUGGGUCAGUGUGUGACGCGCCGUGCCAAACACACACGUCGUGUGAGAACUGCACGAAGUCCAUGUGCAUGUGGUGCAGCUCCCAAGAGCGAUGCGUGGAGACCAACUCCUAUGUGGCCUCAUUCCUGUAUGGCCAGUGCCAGGAGUGGGUCACCAACCAACCCAAGUGCUCUUCCACAAAGUGUUCAGACCUAGCAACCUGUGACGAGUGCAAGAACAACCCUGCAUGUGGCUGGUGUAAUGAUGAGAGCAACACGGGGCUGGGGCGGUGUAUGCAAGGGUCAUACGUGGGCCCCAUGACCUUGAACAAUGGCACCGGUGAAUAUGAGGUGGACACCGGGAUGUGCCCAGCUUUGAGGUGGCACUUUGUGGAUUGUCCUCUGUGCCAGUGUAAUGGUCACAGUUCCUGUACGAACGUGUCAAAUGUCUGUGAUGCAUGCCAGAACCUAACCAUGGGCAAACAGUGUGAGAGAUGCAUUGAAGGUUACUAUGGAAACCCAAGAAAUGGAGGCAAAUGUUCAGUGUGUAAUUGCAAUGGUCAGGCUGAUAAGUGUAGCCAUGAGACCGGGGCUUGCUACUGUCGUACCCGUGGGGUCAAGGGAACAAACUGUACAGUAUGUGAUGAAGAGAAUAACUACUUUGGAGAUCCAAACAAUGGAAAAACUUGCUAUUACAACCUGAAGACAGACUACCAGUUCACAUUCAACCUGUCCAAGAAUGAGGACUUAUACUACAAGGGAAUCAACUUCAUGAACAUCCCCCAGGCUAGCGACCGGGAUGUGGAUUUCACCCUCAAUUGUUCCUCAGAGGAAGCCUUGAUAAACAUCACAUAUACAUCAAGGUCGCGACCUCAAGAGCAAGUUCUUACCUCAGGAUACCAGUGCAGGGUAUACAGAGCCAAGUUUGAACACAAAGAUUACGACUUUGGUUCUAACGAAAAUGUCACCAUCUACGUCUAUGUAUACAACUUCACUACACCAUUUUGGCUCCAGGUGUCAUUUUCACAGAUCUCAUUCUCCCAGUUCCCCAAGAUCGACCUGGUGCAUUUCUUUGUCACAUUCUUCAGCUGUUUCCUGUCCUUGCUGAUCAUAGCUGCAGUGCUGUACAAGAUCAAACACAAGUAUGACAGCUACAGGAGGAGACAGCGGAUGAUGGUUGAGAUGGAGGAGAUGGCCAGUCGUCCCUUUGCUAUGGCCCUCCUGGAGAUAGAACCAAAGUCUGCUGACCAGGCAGGGGCAGAUAAGAAGGACACCAACCCAGAUCUACGCAAGAGAAAACGAGUGUCUGAGAGACUGAGCCAUAUUGCCAUGGAGCCACUACACCACCAGAAGGCUGCAGUCCUCUCGCUUUUCAUUCAGCUCCCUUCUGGGGACCUGGACUGGGCCCCACCCGGAAACUCAGGGCUUGCAAUUGGCAGCACCCUAAUCUCUAUAGGUCACCAAAGAAAACAGAGCAUUGAAUUUCCAAAAGCUGAAAAGACCAAACAUAAGAAAGCUUUUGAUACAAAUGUUUAGCAUUCACCAAAACUUCUAUUUAUUGUGCAUAAUUAUUUUCUCAUAUCUUUGUAACUGUUUAAUUGUCUUUUGCUUUAGGCUGUGAUUUUUUUCUUGUUCCAAGUGGGCACAGUAUGUCUUUAAAUAUGUUGAAACAGUCAAUCUGGAUAUAUUGAGGAGAAAGUUGACACUGAAUCAAAAGCAUGCAAAAGUCCAUUUUCACUUGUAUUAUUGUCUGUAAUUGUCGGUAAUUUCUACAUGUGUUCAUACUUACUGUACUUGCCUAACAGAAAUGUUUGUGGCCAUGAUUUUUUUCCUAUCAUCAUUUGAAUGUAUAAAUAGUGACAUAAUUAUGUAAAAUAGCCAAGUUAAAAUUGUAAUGUUUUCCUAAUUGUAUAUAUAUAUGAGCUUUUCUCAUAGUUUUUUCUAUUAUACAGAUUUCCGUGAAUGUUUCAGAUGCUAGAUACAUUAAUGCUGCAAUCUUAUUUAGGAGCAGCUGACUCAAUGAAAGAUAAAGCAGUUGUUGUUAUUAUAUCCUGGAUGUAGAGCUGGACUUUGUUGGCUCAAAAUCACUGAAGUCAAAGUUGUGGAUAUCUUACUCUUGACAACCCAUUAUUAUCUUGUAUUAAAUAAAUAUGGUAAGCUGAAAACUUUAAUUCCAGUUAUAGCUUAUGUUGAAGUUGUUUUUUGUCCUGAAAUGUUUUCACUUUCAUUGUCGUUUCCUUUCUCGAAAUUUAUAAGCAUAUACCGGUUUUACAUAAUACAAAAGUUAUGUCCCUUUUUCAACUAAGAAAUUCUAUAAUAUCAUGAUUAUUUAUAUAUAAGCAAUAUAACUUUUCUGUCAUAAGGCAUCUUGGUCCUCUACAAACAAAUUCAAAUCAUGUCCCAAGAGUAAAAAUUGGCCAUGCCCUGAAGAUCACAAGAUUAAUAUAGGCUUUUAUAGCACAAUAACUCAAAAAUAGUUUCCUCUGAAACCCCUAGGCCCAAAAGUUUAAUAUUUGGUGUACUAGAAUAGAAUUGUGCAAAGGUUCUGGACAAAGUGUUUUAGAACCAUGCCCCUGUGUUUAAACUGGCCACGCCUAAAGGAUAAUAUUUAUUUAUGGAAUCAUCUUGCUACGUAUUAUGACAUGUAAUAUAACAGGGGCAUUCUUUGUCAUUAUUAUGACAAGCUCUAGCUGUUAUCUUUACAUGCACUAUUAUUACUAGUGUAUUUCACAAGACUUUCAAUGAUUUACUCAAACAAUUCACAUGAUGAUUUCAUUGCACCCCUAAUUUGUGGCAUGGUUUGUUAUUUAUAACCAUGUCUGUUUAUGUCAAACCCUUACCAGAACUGUUAUUGGGCUACACAUAAUUUUGCCCAUCUAGCUGAUAAUUGUAUUGGGUUACACAUAAUUUUAAUCAUCUAGCUGUUAAUUGUAUUGGGCUUUACAUAUAUGUAGCGGUUCAUUGCUAGUCUUCUGAAUCAUUCACAUCAGUAUAAUGUUGUUGUGCUUGUAGUUAACUCGUAAAAAUAGAUACUUUGUACUAAAAGUAUGGAGAUUUUCAAUGGGGGACUUUGUCUUCAUCUAAAAUGUUUACCAAUGGAAUUCUGAAGUAAAUAUCGCCCCAUUGGUGAAAAAAGGUACCACAUGUCUUCUAAUUUCAAUGUCACAUGGUACCUUUUUGCACCAAAGUGGCGAUAUCUAUCUUAACGUCAAGGAGAUUGUGCUCUUUCCCAGUUGUGGGACCAGUACUGCCUUUCAUGUUCUAGUACAUGUAGAAGAUUUUUACCAAUUUAAUGUAAUAUUUUCUGCUGUUUAUCAUUCUAAACACAUUCCUGGUUUCUAAGCAAUGUCACACAUAUGUAAAUUGGUUGCGUUAAUAUGUAUUUUGUUAACACUUACAAUAUAUCAGUGACACAUUAUGUCAAUAUAUUUUGAAAUUGUACGAUUUGUAAAACUUUUGUUGUCCUGAAACACUAUAUUAUCUGUGUGCAUAUUGAAAAUCAGUUUGUUAUCACAUUAUAAGGUUAUAUUUCACUGUCUAUAUUUGUGCUGUAUUAAUAUUGAACAUGGUUGUGCACACAUAUAAGAGUUGGUUCGUUGGGAAAGCUAGGAUUAAUGCAUGUGCGUGGAGUAUUAUAAGGGCCAGAUUAACCUAUGCAGUUCACACUGGCUAAUUAGGGAUGACUUUCCACCUCGACUUGGUUUUCCUUUAGAGGAUACUUGCUUUAAUAAAAAUAAUCCAUGAAAGCAGAAAGAUGUCCCUUAUAAGCCUGUGCACACUGAACAGGCUGUUGUGGGUAAAUACUCUACAGACAUGCAUAAAGCCUGGUUUUCCCAGUGUGUUAUUCAUAAUAUUGUAUAUACUUGUUCAUGGUAUAAAUGAAGUCAGUGUCUAUUUUUAUUGAGCUAGUCUUUCAUUAUAUGUGAAUUUUAUUGAAUUAAUACACCAGGCAUAAAAAAUAAACCACGUUUGAUCAAGGUCCUAUGGCUUUAAACUUAAAUCAGUAAUUGAAACUUACAGCCACUUUUGACUUCAUGAUAAAAUGAAAUAUUUAAAUAUAGAAUUUAAAAGGUUUAAUUGUAUGGAUUAGGUUUCUUAUAAAAAUAGGUUCUCUAUGCUGCUGCAAUUAUAUAUUUUUUAUAAGCGUGUUUCUUCUUAACAGGCUGGUAGGUCAUGUAAGUUUUGUGUUACUGAAACCAGGUCUUUAAAUGUGAAAGGUUAUUCGGUGGAUCACAGUUUUAUCUCAAAUUUAACUUAAAACCAAAAUUGGUUAUUUAUUUCUUUUAAUUUAUGUAUAUAUUUUUUAAGUUGAAAAAGACCAACAGCCUGACAGAACCCUACAAAGGCUUGACUGCUUCUCUAUUAGACAUCAUUGUUGAUUAAAACUAAACACUUGCUCGAUGCCAUUGUGAUUGCCAAACUGCUUUUGAAGGAUCAGACCAUUCGAGUCACGUUCUGAGAAAACUGGGUUAAAUGCAUGUGCGUAAAGGGUUGUCCCAGAUUAGCCUGUGCAGUCCACACAGUCUAAUCGGGGACGACACUUCCUGCCUUAACUGGAUUUUCGUGUAGAAGAGACUUCCUUUAAACAAAUAAUACCAUAAAAGCGGAAGGUGUCGUCCCUGAUUUGUCUGUGCGGACGGUGAUACUCUACGCACAUGCAUAAUGCCCAGUUUUCUCAGAACACGACUCAUUCAGUCACAGGUUCACUCACCCUGAAUUAUGUCAUACUUUACUGUGAAUAGUAUGUUACCUUCUUACACUGAUUUGUUAAUUGCAAUGCUAGUUAUUUUAGCAAGAGUGGACAGAGAAACAAAAUUUCACUUAGACUGAGGUUACAAAAUAGCAAUAGAGUGCUAUAACUUACUUGAUGUGGUAAUGUUCAGGCAAAUCUAAUGUACAUACUUAUUAUCCCCCCCCCCCCCCCUCAUAGGUGGAGGAAUAUUUUUUGGCGUUGUCCGUCUCUCCGGAGCCAUAUCUUGGAAGUGCUUUGGUGGAUUUCAUUGAAACUUGGUAUGAGUACAUGUAUAUAUAUAUGGAUAAUAGGAUGAUGCACACCAAAUGGCAUUGUACACCCUCUGAUAAUAACAGAGUUAUGGCCCUUUGUAUCUUGACAAAAAUGUUUUUUUGUGUGUCAAGAGCCAUAUCUUGGAAGUGCUUUGGCGGAUUUCAUUGAAACUUAGUACGAGUAUAUAUAUAAAUAAGAGGAUGAUGCACGCCAAAUGAUAUUGUACACCAUCUGUUAAUAACAGAGUAAUGUCCCUUUAUAUCUUGAAAAAAUGCUUUUUUGUGUGUCAAGAGCCAUAUCUUGGAAGUGCUUUGGCGGAUUUCAUUGAAACUUGGUCUGAGUGUCCAGAAGCAUAUUGGCCGGGGAUAUCAAUUCAACGCAUUUGCUAUUGUUAAAUGGAAUACAUGUUUACAACUGGUCUUAUUUCUGUAAAAGAAUACAAAUCUUUAUAAAGUUUGGCAUCCAAAAAGCAUUAAAGAUGUAAAUGUUUUGCAUGACUUUCUGCUAUAUAAGUUUAAUUGUGUAUGCAUUCCAAAAUAACACCUAAAGUUGCUUAUGGUGUAACACAGGAGGAACAUUUGGGUCUAUUAUUACAAAAAAAUAUAGAUAUAUAUAUAUAUAUUAUAAGUUUUACAUAUCAAAGAGGAAAAGCAUUUAACUACCUCUUGAAAUGUAAAUUGAAGUACUUGACAAUUAUGUAUCGUUAUAAAGUGUGUAUUUAAUAAAUUGAUUAUGCGUUUACAUGUAUACGUAUUGAUUGUUGUUGUAUAUGUAUGUGGAAAAAGCAAAAACAAAAAAUUACCGGUAUUUUAUUUCUAUUAUGUAUGUGUUUGAUUGAACAAGCAAGUAUAAACCUAAAUUAUUUGAAUGAUGUACACGUGAGCAGGCAAGUCUGGAGCUGUGCUGGUGGCAUUUGGCAUAAGACCCAUUUUUGCAUGAUACACUGUGUUAUAAACUAAUACUUUUUGGGUUAUAGCUAAGCUUAAUAUAAUUUGCUAAUUGUCAGACCAGUUGUCAUUCUGACAAUGAACAUCAAUAUUUGUAUGUUUGUAAACAAUUAACAUUCUUUAAAAUUAUUUGAGUUUUUGUUUGCAAUACUUAAAUUCCACUUGGAUACAUAUCAAAAUGCUAAUACAGAGUUUAUUUGCAGGACAGUUUCAUUUCUUCAUUGUUCAUUUCUGUCAUUAAUGAAAUAAUAUAUUAUGAUAUAGUCUAGUUUAAGGUAAUGCGUUUUUGUGAAAAUAAAGUGCUCCUAUAUAACAACACUACUUGCCUUUUAAGAAUGCUUCUGCUUAUAUUUUUGCAUUCUCUUAUUUAUAAAAAAAAAUGUUGAUUUGAAAUCCAAAUAUUGAGUAAAACAAUGUAUGCACAGAUCUGAAUAAAUGUCACAUUAACAA